AUGUUCCAUCGAUUGAAGCACUUCCCCGGACCAAAAUUAGCUGCGGUGACCAAAUUAUGGCAUGUCUGGAAAUGUCGCGACUCGCGUGGACAUCUCGUCCUGCAGGAAUGGUAUGAAAAAUAUGGGGAGUUUGUGCGAACCGGUCCGGCCGAAAUCACCAUAUUCCACCCCGAAGCCUAUGAGGCUAUGGAUGGUCCUGACAAUGACAACACGCGCUCUGAUUGGUACGACCUUCUAUAUCCCCGGAUAUCCUCGAUCUUUACCCGCGACCGACAGUUGCACCAUGAACGGCGGAAGAUGUGGGAGCAAGCACUGAGCAGAAAAGGUCUGGUGAUCCUAAUGGCUCGCGAUACAUUGAACACUGACACGGUCGUUCAGCAUUACUCUCUUAUCAUAGGCGCGUGCGAAGAUUUUGGCAUGAUGAGUAGCCAGAGGUGGCAUUCGUCAAUAGCGAUGCUGCGUUCGGCACUCACAUUGCUGGGCCCAUUCAGUCCUGCAAUAUGGAUCCCGAGACUGGGGUUUGCAUUUAUUCCGUCGCUGUGGAAGGUCCGGCACUGGUUUAAUAUGCUGGAAUUCUGUGAUCAAUGCAUGGCUCGACGGAUGAAGAAAACACUCGCAGAUCGUGAUAUCGCAUCUUGGUUUAUUGAGGACCACGCCAAACGCGGAUCAGAUCCCACACGGGCGCGCUGGUUGAGCGGCGAUACUGCAACACUGGUUGUAGCCGGAAGCGACACUACUGCUCCAAGCCUAACCCUUCUCUUCUACUUCCUCGCCCGAUACCCCAUACAUGCUGAGAAGAUAUAUGAAGAGAUCAAAGGGGUUGAUAGGGAUAGUCCAGUUGCCUUAGCCACGUUGCCUCAUUUGACGGGGACUAUAAACGAAGCAAUGCGAUUACUUCCAGCGGUGCUAACCUUCAGCUCUCGGGUAACUCCACCACAGGGACUAAUGAUAGAUGGCACGUUUAUCCCGGGAAAUACCAAAAUAUGUGCACCACGCUACACAAUUGGUCGACUUGAGAUGGCCUAUGUCUACCCGCAUGACUUUAUUCCCGAGCGGUGGUACAGCCAACCGGAGCUGAUCAAGGAUAAACGGGCAUUUGCCCCUUUUGGUGUCGCUCUCGCACAAAUCCGGCUCGUAGCUGCGGCCUUGGUGUUCCAUUAUCAGAUCGAAUUUGCACCUGGCGAGAAUAAUGGCGAGACUGUGGAACGGGAUAUGAAGGACCAAUUGACCGCACAGCCCGGGGCAUGUCGACUUGUGUUCCAAAGUCGGAUAUAG